CCCAGCCGGAUGCUGAACGUGGUGGGACCGCGCGCUGAGAAGACCGCGAUGCUGCCGCUUCAGAGCUCCGGUACUAUUGUCGUGGCGUAACCACCUGCUUACCACGCAGAAACAUGAACUACGGUGAAGCGAAGCUCGAACUGCAGCAGCUCCUGGGGCGCGUGAGUCCAGCUGAACUCCCCAAACUCCUGGACUGGGUCCGAACCUCAGAGGAGCUGGACGAUCUCGUGACGGACAACGGAAAAGUGAUUCUUCAGAGUAUCGCUGAUGACCUGCGCGCUCACCUUCCGCUGGACGCCAUGUUGCCCUCAGAGGCCAGUGCACGAGCCCAGAUGCAGCGGCGUCCACGACCCACCGUCCACGUGGACGCCUUCCUGUACGACGACGAGCAGGUGGAUUCGCUGUGCGACGGCGGGAAGAUGAGUCGCUCCUACUGUCUGAGGUGUGGCUCCAACGAGACGGCGCCUCUGGACUUCAUCUCACACUCCUUCUCCGUCGCUGAGCUGCGCUUCCUGUUCCAGAGCGUCUUGCCGGACCUGAGCGGCCGGACGUUGGUGGAUGUGGGCUCCAGACUUGGGGCUGUACUGUAUGGGGGUUAUGUCUACAGUUCGGCCUCCACCCUGGUGGGACUGGAGAUCAGCGAGGAGUUUGUCCAUCUGCAGAGGGAAGUGGUCAACAAAUACCAGAUGGGCGCCAGAGUCCAGGUCGUCCACUCUGACGUCUGUCUGCAAGGUGCACUGCUGCAGGAAGCCCACGUUCUGGUCAUGAACAACGUCUUCGAGUACUUCCUGGAGCCGGCGGAGCAAGUCAGGUGCUGGAGGUUCAUCAUGGAGAGGUUUCGAAGGACGGGCUCGCUGCUGCUGACCGUCCCCAGUCUGCAGGAGAGCCUAGCCCAGGUGCAGGAGGCGCUGCCUCCCGACUGGGUGGAGGAGCUUCCGGUGGAUCACGGCGUCGACACGGCUCACGAGGCAGACGCCAGCGCUCUGAAGGAGAUCCACCUCUACAGGGUCCUCUGAGCCGUCCGGCCUGCUUCAUGUGGACCCGAAUUGGUUCUGAUUGUGGCGCUUGUGACCUGUGAACCAGGAGACAGGCCUCGCCAGGAAAACCUCACGUGGGUCAGUGGCUUCAGGCACCUUCACUGCUGAGCACGGGCUGACCCGCGUGCAUGGUGCGGCAGGAGGCCACAGUCAACAGUUCCCAGUAGUUUUCUGUUGACUUGCCGCUCACACAGUUUGAUAUCGGAGGAAAAUGAAGUUCAUCUUCCCUCAUUUGACCCCCCUCUAUGUUCACCAUCCUUGAUGAUGUCUCAAAGUGGCAGCACAGUGUUGGACAGUGUCUGAUGUGAGAUCUAAGGAAAUGAAAGCAAUAA